GUUCCAAACUAAGCGGAACUGCAUUUUGAGAAUUUUGUAUGAUACUCAAAAUUCGGCAUUUAAGAAAAAUUAGUAUUACAGUAAAUAUUGACGUUGCUUACUAAACUUUUUUUAAUUUUAAAACAGUUUAAUGCGAAUAGAAGCCGGUAAAAUGAUGUGGGGACGCUACUAGCGCGACACACGUGCGCAAUGUGAUGUCAACAACUUGUAACGUAAUAUGUGAGACGUGCACUUUAUAUUGCACGUAAUCGAAGAAAAUAUGCAUAUUUCGUGCUACACUUUUGUUAAUGGCAGGAUGGUGAAUUUUCUGUGUAACCUCAAAUAAGAAGUGAAAUUAUAUUCUACUAGAAAUUAUUGAUUACAACUUCACAUGUGUCAAGGAUACAAUUUUUACAUUUUGUCAACAUUUUAAUAAAUGUCUUUUUACCUUUAUACUUACUAGUGAAAAUAAAUUAAAUCUCAUGACAAUUGGUUUUUCGGAUUCCGAAAAGUUGAACGUACAAUAUUAGAAUGAUACUUAACCUCAAAAUUUUCUAAUUUUGCUGAUGAAUCUUUCCUGUGCUAUCAUAUGUUAAUAAAUGUAAAAGAGUUGUAAAAUUUAAACAAUAUGGCGGGCCAGCAACAUCCUUUCCCUUCUGGGUUUCCUAAUGUACAGCAAUCUGCAAUGAGAACACAAUUUGGUGGAGGACAAAUGGUAUCUGGUUUGAUGGGGCCACAACAAGGUGGUAUGGUGAGUCCUCAACAAUUUGGAGUUGGUGUAGGAGUCGGCGUAGGCGGUGUCGGUGGUGUAGGUACAAAUGCGAUGGGUAUGCCUAGUGCUCAACAGGUAUUAGCGCAACAACAGCAACAACAACAAUCUGUUGCAAUGCAACAACAAAUGCAGCAGAUGCAACAACAACAAUUACAAUUACAACAGCAACAACAAGCUGCUAUGGUACAGCAAAAUAAUCAAGCAAAUAAUCAAGCUACUACACCGCAAACACCUGUGCCUCCUACACAGCCACCACCACAACAACAACAAACUAAGGAAUUUAACACUGCCAGUUUAUGUAGAUUUGGACAAGAAACUGUUCAAGAUAUUGUCAGCCGUACUUUAGAAGUGUUUCAAACAUUAAAACUUUUACAACCACCAAAUGGCAUGGCUCAAGGAGCAAGCUUAGCUAAUGAGAAAAAGAAUAAAGUACAGGAACAACUAAGAACAUUAAAAUUAUUAUUCAAACGUUUAAGACUGAUUUAUGAAAAAUGCAAUGAAAACUGUCAACUACAGGGUAUGGAAUACACACACAUAGAAAGCUUAAUCCCAUUAAAAGAAGAGUGGGAUAUGAAAUCUGAUGAGAGAAAAACUUCUGAGGCUUAUAGAGUUGCUUGUGAAGAUAGCAAAGAAGUCAUGGAGCAAGUGGUAUUAAAGAAUAGACAUCUUAAGGAAAUCAUUGAUCACUUACGACGUAUAAUUUCAGAAAUAAAUACAAUGUUAAAUAUGCGACGAUCUUAAACUAUUAAUUGUACAUAAAUAUUUGUAUAAGUUAUUAUUAAAAUGCAUUACAAAAUAACAAUUUAU